UUUCUGUUUUCGAAAGUAUUGUAAAAAUUCCUAAAUGUUGAACACAUGAACAACUUUCGUUUCAGCUAAAUUUGGUCAUUUCAAAACUAUUUCGAGGAAAUAGGCUUCAUCUUUAGCCAUAAAUUUUUAGGAUGACAAAAAAUAAUGUCACAAAACGCCACUCAAAUUCGUAAACAGCUUAUAAAUUUGGAAAGAGAAGAGAGAGCUUUGCAACGGCUUCAUGUCCAUUUUACAGGAUUACUACGAGCUGUAGAGUUAGAAUCGAUGCGGUUAAAUGCAUUGAAGAGUAUCCUCCAGUCUUCACAACAUACAUCAAAUACGAAUACUUCUUCAGUACCAAAUUUCAGUUCGAUUAAAACUUUGAAUUCUUAAAUCGGUGCUCUCUGUUUCUUCAUUUUCCAAGUGUUAGAUCUGAAAUUUUAAAAACCUGUUUUGAUAUCUAAUACGCAGUGCCCUGGGUUUUGAAUUUUAUAAAUACAAAUUUUCUUUUUUGCUGAGAUUUAAAUUAUGAAAUUAUUGUGAAGUUGGUAAAAUGAUGUGGAAAUAAACAUUGCACUUUAGAACUUAUUUGUUUGGCACGAACUUCGUCUUCUC